AUGGAAGCAUAUAGCAAAUUCGAUUUUGAUCGAAAUGAAAAUUUUUAACAAUAUCUACUAAAUGUAUAUCCCUUGCCUCCAAAUUUAGAUAAAAUUAAACGCAAAUGGUAUAAAAAAUAUAUUGAUCCAGAAUUUGAUAUCAAUUAAGAAUUUUAAAAUCCUUCAUAAAACACCUAAUCAUAAUAAAAUCAAAAACCACAAAAAUAAGAAACUUAUUAAUAACCAUAAUAAUCUUAGCAAUAAUAAUAAUAUAAUUAGAAUAGAUAAUAAUUAUCAUCAAUUCCUAUUUGUACCAUAAUAGAAGGAAUGCUUAAAGUAUUAUAUUUUCCUGCAUUAUUAUUUAUGCUAUCACCUUAAUUACAAAAAUUUUUGAAUUUUGGAAGUGUUUUUAUAUGCUUACUUGGUAUCUAUAGAUUAUAAGGGCUACCAAAGAGAAAUCAUAUUUAAGAAUAUAUUCAUAAAAUAAUUUAACUUGAAUUUACAUCUAAUAUUUUCUAUAUUUUUUGUUUAUUUACAAUUGAUAGUUUUGCAUUUUAAUUGCCAAUUGCUUUACACUUUAUGGUUGGAGCAGCAGAAUUUUGGAAAUAAAUUAAUCAUGAGGAUGGCAUCUCUUUGAAAAUAGCCAACUAUAUUAAAAAUAAUAGAACUGAAAUAAUUCUUACAAAAUAGAAAAUAGAGAUCUAUUUAUUCCUAUACUCUGUUUUUGGAAUCUUCAUAAGAAAAACAUCAUUUGUUCAUGCUAUGAUUAUUUUCUAAAACGUAUUACUCAAAACUAAAUUUAAUAUAAACAUGAUAAAUGCAUAAGCAUAUAUCAGAGUAUGGUAUGCUGAUAAAUUAAGUGAAAAUAGAAUAUUACCAGAAGGUUUACGUAAAGUUCUUAGUCUUAUUUGGAAAGGAUAUGAAAAAUUAUUACACCUUUUUUGA